AUGUAUUCCUUUUAUUUGAAAGACAAUGAAGACAAAGCUCAUUGCUUGAGAGCUUGCUAUGAAGAAAAAGAGUGCAAAGCUGUACAUUACAAUGAGGAGGAACGCAGCUGCCAGUUGGUCAGAAUAGGAAAAGGCGACGGAAUAGUUUUCGAAGAGUUAUACGUGCUCUCUCGUGAAGAGACUGAUUCAUCAUGCAUGACUGAAACAUCUAUAAGGGAGAUACCGUUCCAGAGCAUACCAAAGAAGGGCAACACUUUUGAAAAGCGCUUCGACAAGAUGCCAGAUGUUGCUGUAAUCCAACCUUAUGAUCAUCUUGGAAAUUACCAUUUCUUCUUACAUAGUCAUGACAAAAAACCCAUUGACUACAAUGCUACAGGACCCACGCUCUUCUUCUCCAGGAAAGCAGAGGAAACUUGUACUUCCGUACCUGUUUUUCGCAAAGCAAAUCGUCGUCGUUUGUACUUUGGAGAGAUUUACAACACCACUGGUUACUUUUUCUACGAUGCGUAUGCUUUUGCGGAUCACUGCGUUUCUCCGUUGGGUGAAUGCUUGGGUAUAGACGCAAUCCAAGAAUAUAAGGACGAAGAAGGCAGUUUCUUCUACGAUAAGCCUGGAAUCGAAAACAUGGCAGAUUCCGGCCUAGGACAGGCGUUUUUCAUUGCACGUCUUAGUUAA